ACUGAUGCAAUCUUUAAAACUAUCAAGGCAUCCUCUAAAUGUACAUUUGUAUCUGUUGCCUGGUGUCUUAACAACAAUAUCAACUGCUUUACUUCUUCUAGGAGGCAUUUCUUCAGUGAUAAAAGUGAUAAAAAAAAAACCUAGACAAAAAUCUCAAAUUGCAUUUCCCGAGAUUGAAAAGACAUCAUGGGUGAUAAAUUCCAAAGGUGAAUACGUUUAUAAGGAUACAAAAUGUAAUCC